GCCUUCUGUUCAGAAAUCAGUAUGGUAAUUUUGGUUUGGAGCAAAUUUGCAAAUCAAAAACAAAAACCCUCCUAAACCCCUAUCUUUUUCCUUUCUUUCAUUCAUUUUUCGGUUUGGCUUUCCCACUACACAAACAAACAAUGUUACAGAGCCGCACACUGCUGGGCAAAGCCAUUAUCCAAAUCCGAUCGUAUUCGCAAGCCGCAGCAGUUGUGCAGGCGCAGGCAGAGGCAGCGGAACCCCAAUUACUGAGUAACCUGGAAGGGUUCCCCCGGCCAGACCCAAAGUACGACGAGACCAUUCUCGCCAUUCCACGGGCGAUUUCGGGCACCAACACCUCCAUCAAAGAGCGCAGGGCCGGCCGGGUGCCCAGCAUCAUCUUCGAGCAGGAAGACGGCCAGCACGGCGGCAACAAGCGCCUCAUCUCUGUACGUGCCAAUCAGAUCCGGAAGCUCGUCAAUCAUCUUGGUCGCUCUUUCUUCCUCUCUAGGCUUUUUCAGAUUGAGGUUCGCUCCAACUUUGAUUCCGAAGCUGACAUCCUUGAGAAAGUUCGCGUCUUGCCACGCCAGAUUCAUCUGCACGCAGGCACGGAUGCCCCCCUUAAUGUUACCUUCAUAAGGGCGCCUUCGAAUGCUUUGUUGAAAGUCGAAGUCCCUCUUCUAUUUCGAGGAGAAGAUGUUUCCCCUGGACUUAGGAAAGGUUCUUAUUUAAAUACGAUUAAGAGAACUGUGAAGUUCCUUUGUCCUGCUGAUAUCAUCCCUCCAUAUAUAGAUGUGGAUCUGAGUGAGUUGGAUGUUGGGCAAAAGUUGGUAAUGGGAGAUCUCAAGGUUCAUCCAGCUUUAAAGCUUAUUCAGUCAAAAGACGAGCCUGUAUGUAAGAUUAUGGGGUCCAGGGUCUCUGAUCAAAAGAAAUCUAAAUAACAACUUAUUCUAAAAUUUUGGUUGCCCCAUUUCAAAGGAAAGUUGAUCGCACCAUGAUCCAAUGCUGGGCUUAUGGGCGUUCAUGGUUAAUCACAGAUUUAUUGAAUUGUGAGAGCAGGGGAGGACAAUGGUAGAAUGUUUAUGGGAGUCAUUUCUCCUUUUCUUUCUGCAAAUUUUCGCUCUGCAAGCUUGUGCUAGUAGUCAGCAAAUUCCACACAAGGGAAACAACUUCUAGGGUCUGUUGUAAUAACCCUUGUGAAAGUGAUGCAGCAUCCUGUUGAAUUAGACAAAAUGAAUAACGCCCUUGGCUUUUACUUGGA